GGCACUAGUGAGUGCAGUGACACCAGUGAACUGUGGGGGCGCUAUUGUGGCUCUGCAAACAUGGCUGCCCAGGAUGAACUCAAUCAACUGGAACGUGUGUUCCUUCGCCUGGGUCAUGCAGAAACCGAUGAGCAGCUACAGGACAUUAUCUCCAAGUUCCUUCCCCCUGUGCUCCUCAAACUCUCCAGCGUUCAGGAGGGUGUGCGAAAGAAAGUAAUGGAGUUGUUGGUCCAUUUGAACAAGAGGAUAAAAAGCAGACCAAAGAUUCAGCUGCCGGUAGAAACUCUGCUGGUGCAGUACCAAGAUCCCGCUGCCGCCUCCUUUGUGACGAAUUUCACCAUCAUCUACAUCAAAAUGGGCUACCCUCGUCUGGAGGUGGGGAAACAGUGCGAGCUGGCCCCCACCCUCCUCACUGCCAUGGAGGGCAAGCCUCAGCCACAGCAGGACAGCCUGAUGCACCUGCUGAUCCCUACUCUUUACCAUAUGAAGUAUCCUGCAGACUCCUCCAAGAUCACGUCUCCAUUUAACUUAUCUGAGAGGCCAAAGACGGUGCAGCUGCUGCUGGAGUUCAUGUUGGAUGUUCUACUGAUGCCUUACGGGUUUGUGCUGAAUGAAUCCCCGACUCGCCCUGCUCCCGCCGCCUCCCAGGGAACUCCUGCGGAGGGGACGGCGGCCGCAGGUGUCCAGGGUCUCCCCCAGCCUCCCCCAGGGAUGAGUGUCUAUGCUGCCAAGAGGGUGAUCGGAGAGGCCCAGUGGAGCGCUGAGCAGCUGGAGCAGUGUAAACUGGGCAUAGUGAAGUUCAUGGAGGCAAAGCAAAUCCCGGAGGUGGAGACGGUGGUGCACCUGGUGGUGGCAUCGAGCGACACCCGACACGGUGUGGCCACUGCUGCUGAUCUGGAGCUGAAGAGCAAACAGAGCAUCAUCGACUGGAACAAUCCUCUAAUUAUCAACAAGAUGUACAAGGUGUAUCUGGGGGACGUUCCUCUUAAAUCAAAGGGAGGCAAUGUGAAGCAAGAGCUGAAACACGAGCCAGUAAGCACAAGAGUCAAGCUGAAGAUCCUGCCACAUCUUCUGCGGUCACGUCUAGCCGCAGAGUGCUUUCCAGCUAACAUCCAGGUUGUGUAUGACGGUCUGUUUGGAGCAAACACCAACAACAAGCUCCUGUCCCUCACCUUGCAGUUUGUCCAUCACAUCUGCGUGGUAUGUCCUGACACGAACAAACCUUUGGGACUAAUGCUCCUUAAUGGUCUCACCAAGCUCAUCAAUGAAUACAAGGAGGAUCCCAAGCUACUAUGUGUCGCCUACUCUGCUGUUGGAAAGCUGUCAAGCCGCAUGCCACAGCUGUUCACAAAGGAUAUCGCACUUGUGCAGCAGUUUUUUGAGUCCAUGUGCAAGGAGGAGUCUGACGUCCGUCUUGCCAUUCAGGAAGCUUUGUCUAUGAUGGUCGGCGCUUAUGCCAACCUGCAGGGGGCGCUGCUGAACCUAAUGGAGGCCCUGGUGGCUGCAUAUAUUGGAAAGCCGGAGGUGCAGGUUCGCCAGGUGGCCAUGAAGUUUGCUAGCACAGUGUUUGCUUCUGAUCACGUGCCAUCAAGAUACCUGCUGCUGCUGGCAGCUGGAGACCCGAGGGAGGAGGUGGCCGCGGAGGCCCAGAAGGUGCUGAGAACUUUUUCUAACAAGAGCUCCGAGAAGGAGGGACCGAAGCCAAUGCCCUCCUUUCCUGACAUGGUGGCCUACGUCCAGGAGAAGGCGGCUCAGAGGAUGAAGACUCCAGCUAAAUACACUGUUGGAACCUACACUAUCCCUUUCAACCCAUCUGCGUUCGGGGAGAUCGUGCUCUACCUGAGGAUGUGUUUGGCCCACAGCGCUGGGGUCACGCCCUUGUCCACGCGGCUGACCGACAUGCAGGACGACGCGCCGGCCAUCGGCCGCUACAUCCGCACGCUGCUGACCUCCGAGUCUCAGUCAAAGGGUUCGGAGGCGAACCCCGUUCAUGUCUACAUGGAUCUGCUGCAGCAGCUGCUGACUGCUGUCGGGGGAAUCCCAGUGAUGUACUGUCUACUGGAGGCGGUGUCUGUCUGCCCAGAGAUACUGGCUCCCAGAUUUGUUGAUAGAAUUGACUGGAUUAAAAGUCUGAUGAACACAAAUAAGGAGGACAUGAGGGAGCUCGCGGCCCAGCUGUAUGCCGUGGUGGUCUCCUCCAUGACUGGCAACGAGCUGCAGACGGCUGUGCACAACCUGCUCAAAACCACCAAGGACAACCACAGUCCCGAGACUCAGCACGGUGCCAUCUUGGCUCUCGGCUACAUGGUGGGAAGAUACAUGAGCAAGAAAAAAGCUGUGGCCUCUGUGGAGUCUACGCACGACAUGGAGCAGCAAAUGAGGUUCGCCUCCCAGGGAGAUGAUGAACUUGUUGCCAUGGCCACCAAGUCAAUCGGUUCCUUCCUGGACAGCAGUAGUGCCCUGCUGGCUGUGGCAGCGUGUACAGCUCUGGGAGAAAUCGGCCGUAACGGCCCCCUCCUGAUCCCCGCAGACGGGGCGGGCUUCACCAAACUGUCGGCCACGGAAAACCUGCUGGCUCGCAUCCCCUCUGGCAAGGAGAGCACCAAGAUGAAGGAGCGAUCCAUCCAGACCCUGGGUUACCUUCCUGUGGGAGACGGAGACUUCCCUCACCAGAAGAAGCUGCUGCAGGGUCUCAUGGACUCUGUGGAGGCCAAACAGGUGGAGCUGCAGUUCACAGUGGGAGAGGCUAUAACCAGUGUAGCAAUAGGCACCAGCUCUGGAGCUGCCAGAGACCCGUGGACGUGCACCGAGGACCAGUACAGCCCACCACAAAGUCAGUACCUUCAGUACUAUCUAUGUCACGCAUAGUGCAACUUUUUUUUUGAAUUUUUU